AUGAGAUUCUCGACCGUCACCGCGUGUCUGACUGCCUGCUUGGCGCCAGCCGCGGCUCUCAGCGUCCUCAAUGGCCGCGCGCCCGACGUCACGAUCAACGAUGACCUCAAGAUUCCUGGCAAUUCUCCCCUCGAGCUCUGCCCUGGCGACCAUGCUGCCGACCUCAUCAAGAUCGACAGCGUCGAUUUGCUGCCCAACCCUCCCCAGGCUGGCCAGGAGCUGGUGAUCAAGGCCAAGGGAACUGUCAAGCAGAAGAUUGAGGAGGGCGCCUACGUCUUGCUCACCGUCAAGUACGGCCUCAUCCGCCUCAUCAGCACCAAGGCCGAUCUCUGCGAGCAGAUUGGAAACGUCGACCUCAAGUGCCCCGUCGAGGCUGGCGACCUGGAAAUCCUCAAGACCGUCGACCUCCCUGCUGAGAUUCCUCCUGGCAAAUACACCGUGCUGGCUGAUGUCUUCACCGUCGAGGAUGUGCAGAUCACCUGCCUGACUGCGACCGUUGAGUUUUCCCGAAGUAGCAAGGGUUUGUUUGGUCUCGACCUGUAA